AUGGACAGAGGCUUCCUGGCAGCAGAGAGCAUAAGCCCAAAUGAAGCAAAGCUAAAGCAAACCAAGCUCCCCAAAAUAAAGAAGGAGAACCACAUCCUCUUGCUGAAAAAGAGCAACUUUGACAGAGCAUUGAAGGAAACCAAAUACCUCCUGGUGAAGUUCUAUGUUACUUUAUCUCAGUCUUCUCAGAAUUUAUCUGAAGAAUUUGCUGAGGCUGCACGACAGCUUAAAAAAGAAGCUCCAAGAAUCCAGUUUGGCAAAAUUGAUGUGACACACCAACAUGACUUGAGAAAAGAAUUUAAUAUUCAAGCCUUUCCUACUGUGAAAUUUUUUGUGAAUGGCAGCAGGGAAGAUCCCAUAGACUGCAAAGGAGUCAGAAAAGCCUCAGCCUUUAUUACAUGGGUAAAAAGAAGAACAGGACCUAGCACUGUUUUAAUCAACUCUACUGAUCAGGCUGAAGCCAUCAUAAAAGCUGGUGAUUUAGCAGUGAUUGGCUUCUUUAGGGAACUUCACAAUGACAGUGUGGAAGUUUUCUGUGAGACAGCCAGAGAUGUGCCAGAGAUGCCUUUUGGGAUGACAGCCAGUGAGGAGGUCUGUGCCAACUACGGUGUCCAAAGGAACUCUCUUGUUGUGUUUAAGGAGAGUGGAGCAGAUGUUGAGUCUUUUGUUUCCCAGACAUCUGUGAAGAUUUUUGAUGUCCCUGUUGAAAAUCACAUCCUGCUGUUCACCCCAAUGAACUCGGAGACAUUCAGUGAGAUUUACGAAAACUACCAGUCUGCUGCUGCACAAUUCAGAGGAAAGAUACUGUUCGUUUUGGUGGAUACUGGUGAAGCAAGGAACGGACGGAUUUUUGAGUAUUUCCGCAUCAGGGACAUCGAUGUUCCUGCUGUGAGGAUCCUCAAUCUCACCAGCGAGGCCAGAUACAAAAUGCCUGCGGAUGAGGUGACUGUGGAGAACCUGAGAGAAUUCUGCCAGAGCUACCUACAUGGAAAAGCAAAGCAACAUCUCCCUAGUGAAGAAAUUCCACAAGACUGGGACAAGAUGCCUGUCAAAGUGCUUGUUGGGAAGAAUUUCAACAGUGUCAUCUUCAAUAAGACCAUGACUGUAUUUGUUAUGUUUUAUGCCCCUUGGUCCCAUGAGUGCAGAAAACUCCUGCCAGUCUGGGACAAGCUGGGAGAGCAAUAUGAAAGCCACAAAGACAUAAUGAUUGCAAAGAUUGAUGUCACAGCAAACGACAUCCUGGCCGUGGCUCUGGACCGCUAUCCCUUCUUCACGCUCUUCCCUGCUGGGGCCCAUCACCAGGAAGUGGCCUAUACUGGGGAAUGCACAUUGGAGGCAUUCUCUGAAUUCUUAGAAGAACAAAGAAAGAUGAGAGCAGAAGCAGGAGAGGAGGAUCCUUCGGGAGGAAUCAAAGAGGAUUUCAGCCAAAAGGAAACUGUAAUAACAGAGAAAGAACUUUAAUAGUUCAGAGAAAGAGAAACAUUCUCAGGAUUGUGGGGAAUCCUUCCUGGAAGGAGCUCAAUGGAAGAAUGACUCAUCUCAAGUGAAUACAGAGCUGAAUAAAAAAUAAAAGUAAGAAUUUAAUAUC